AUGAUGAAAAUCCACAUCAUAUGGUUCUUUUCCAUUCAAAUUUUGCUGCAUGUUUCAUCCUCAAGCAGUGGAAAAGUUCCAGCUUUAAUAGUUUUUGGAGACUCAUCUGUUGAUUCUGGUAACAACAAUUUCAUUCCAACAAUAGCAAGAAGCAACUUUGAACCUUAUGGUAGAGAUUUUCCUAAUGGAAAUCCAACUGGUAGAUUCUCAAAUGGUAGAUUAGCUCCUGAUUUCAUCUCCGAGGCGUUUGGACUUAAGCCAAUUGUUCCUGCUUAUUUGGAUCAUUCUUAUGACAUUACUGAUUUUGCUACUGGUGUUUGUUUUGCCUCUGCUGGUACUGGAUUUGAUAACAUUACUGCAAGUGUUGCCGAUGUGAUACCUUUAUGGAAAGAAGUUGAGUAUUACAAAGAAUAUCAAAACAGAUUAAGAGCAAAAUUUGGAAACAAGAAAGCUAAUGAAAUAAUAAAUGAGUCUUUAUAUUUGAUUAGCAUAGGAACAAAUGAUUUUCUUGAAAAUUAUUACCAACGUCUUGAAAGGAGGUUGCAAUUUAGUGUUCAAGAAUAUGAGGAUUUUUUAAUUGGACUUGCUGAAAAUUUUCUAAGGGAAAUUUAUGACCUUGGAGCAAGGAAAAUUUCUAUGACAGGGUUGAUUCCUAUGGGGUGUCUGCCACUAGAGAGGGCAAUAAAUAUUUUGGGCCAUCAUGGUUGUAAGGAUUUAUACAAUGAUGUUGCUUUGGACUUUAAUGCAAAAUUGGAAUUCUUAGUGGCUAAGUUAAACAAGGAGCUCUAUGGACUUCAAUUGGUAUGUACAAAUGCUUAUGAUUUGGUCAUGCAAAUUGUUACAGAACCUUCUCAAUUUGGUUUUGAAGAUGCAAGAGUGGGAUGUUGUGGAACAGGUAGAUUUGAGAUGGGUUUCUUGUGUGAUCCAAAAAGUCCACUUACAUGCACAGAUGCAAAUAAAUAUGUAUUUUGGGAUGCUUUUCACCCCUCAGAAAGAACAAGUCAGAUAGUAGCAAAUUAUUUAAUGGAAAAGUAUCUUGGCGAGUUUCUUUGA